CAGGACUGUGGCUGUGGCGGCGGCGGCGGCAGCAGCAGCCCUGAGGCGGGUGAGAGGCCCGGGGUGGAAGUCGGACGGGACCUGGAGCUUCCCGCCUGUCGCUGGCGCUGAGGCGCUGCUGCCUUUUGCCCCACUUCUCCCUCACGGCCCAGGCUGGGCAGGGCAGCGCGCCCCCGGGGAGGGCGGAGCUGUAGAUAAUGGUCUAAGAUACUUCUUCAAGACUGGGCAGCUGAGGACCUGCUCUUUCUGCUUAGUGUUAAGCCGACUUAUAGCCAUAGAGAAACCUCACGGAGUUGCAUACUGUACUUUCUCUUAACACCUUUCCUGGCACCUGAAUUCACCUUACAGCCAUGUAUGGAAGUGCUCGUUCAGUUGGGAAGGUGGAACUGAGCAGCCAGAGCCCUGGGCGUUCACCUAGGCUUCCACGUUCCCCUCGCUUGGGUCAUCGUCGAACCAAUAGCACAGGAGGGAGUUCUGGAAGCAGUGUUGGAGGUGGCAGUGGGAAGACCCUUUCAAUGGAGAAUAUUCAAUCCUUAAAUGCUGCCUAUGCCACAUCUGGCCCUAUGUACCUAAGCGACCAUGAAAAUGUGGGUUCAGAAACACCUAAAAGCACCAUGACACUUGGCCGUUCUGGGGGACGUCUGCCUUAUGGUGUUAGGAUGACUGCUAUGGGCAGUAGCCCCAAUAUAGCGAGCAGUGGGGUUGCUAGUGACACCAUAGCAUUUGGAGAGCAUCACCUCCCUCCUGUGAGUAUGGCAUCCACUGUCCCUCACUCUCUUCGCCAGGCAAGAGAUAACACAAUUAUGGACCUGCAGACGCAGCUGAAGGAGGUAUUGAGGGAAAAUGACCUCUUGCGGAAGGAUGUGGAAGUAAAGGAGAGCAAGUUAAGUUCCUCUAUGAACAGCAUCAAGACCUUCUGGAGCCCAGAGCUGAAGAAAGAACGAGCCUUGCGGAAAGACGAAGCUUCCAAAAUCACUAUUUGGAAGGAACAGUAUAGAGUUGUGCAGGAGGAAAACCAGCACAUGCAGAUGACAAUCCAGGCUCUUCAGGAUGAAUUGCGGAUCCAAAGGGACCUGAAUCAGCUGUUUCAGCAAGAUAGUAGCAGUAGGACUGGUGAGCUUGGUGUGGCAGAGCUGACGGAGGAGAAUUUUCAGAGGCUACAUACUGAGCAUGAACGGCAGGCCAAAGAGCUGUUCCUUCUUCGAAAGACUCUAGAGGAAAUGGAGCUGCGUAUUGAGACUCAGAAGCAAACCCUAAAUGCUCGAGAUGAGUCCAUCAAAAAACUUCUGGAGAUGUUACAGAGCAAAGGACUGCCUGCUAAGGCUACUGAGGAAGACAAUGAGAGAACGAGACGACUGGCAGAGGCAGAAAUGCACGUCCACCACCUAGAAAGUCUCCUGGAGCAGAAGGAGAAAGAAAACAGUAUGUUGAGAGAGGAGAUGCAUCGGAGAUUUGAGAAUGCCCCUGAUUCUGCUAAAACAAAAGCUCUGCAAACUGUUAUUGAGAUGAAGGAUUCAAAAAUUUCCUCUAUGGAGCGUGGGCUCCGAGACUUGGAAGAGGAGAUUCAGAUGCUGAAAUCAAAUGGGGCUUUGAGUACUGAAGAACGGGAGGAGGAAAUGAAGCAAAUGGAACUGUAUCGAAGCCAUUCUAAAUUUAUGAAAAAUAAGGUAGAGCAACUGAAGGAGGAGCUAAGUUCGAAAGAGGCUCAAGGGGAGGAGCUGAAAAAGAGAGCGGCUGGUCUCCAGGCUGAGGUCUUUGCCAUUGGUCAGGUGAAGCAGGAGCUGUCUAGAAAGGAUACAGAACUACUAGCCCUACAGACAAAGCUAGAAACACUCACGAACCAGUUCUCAGACAGUAAGCAACACAUCGAAGUGCUGAAGGAGUCCUUGACUGCUAAGGAACAGCGGGCUGCCAUCCUGCAGACCGAGGUGGAUGCUCUCCGAUUGCGUUUGGAAGAGAAAGAAACCAUGCUGAACAAGAAGACAAAACAAAUUCAGGACAUGGCUGAGGAGAAGGGGACGCAAGCUGGAGAGAUACAUGACCUCAAGGACAUGCUGGAUGUGAAGGAGCGGAAGGUUAACGUUCUCCAGAAGAAGAUUGAAAAUCUUCAAGAGCAACUUAGAGAUAAGGAAAAGCAGAUGAGCAGUUUGAAAGAACGAGUCAAAUCCCUGCAGGCCGAUACCACCAACACUGACACUGCCUUGACAACUUUGGAGGAAGCCCUCGCAGAGAAAGAGCGGACUAUUGAACGAUUAAAGGAGCAGCGGGACAGAGAUGAGCGAGAGAAGCAAGAAGAAAUCGAUAACUACAAAAAAGAUCUUAAAGACUUGAAAGAAAAAGUCAGCCUGUUGCAAGGCGACCUCUCUGAGAAAGAGGCUUCACUCUUGGAUCUGAAAGAGCAUGCUUCUUCCCUGGCUUCCUCAGGACUGAAAAAGGACUCCCGGCUCAAGACCCUUGAGAUUGCUUUGGAGCAGAAGAAGGAGGAGUGUGUGAAAAUGGAAUCACAAUUGAAAAAGGCACAUGAGGCAACUUUGGAAGCCAGAGCCAGUCCAGAGAUGAGUGACCGAAUACAGCAGUUGGAGAGGGAGAUUGCCAGGUAUAAAGAUGAAUCUAGCAAGGCUCAGGCAGAAGUUGACCGCCUUUUGGAAAUCUUGAAAGAGGUAGAAAAUGAGAAGAAUGACAAAGAUAAGAAGAUUGCUGAGUUGGAAAGGCAAGUGAAAGACCAGAGUAAGAAGGUAGCCAAUCUGAAGCACAAGGAGCAGGUGGAAAAGAAGAAGAGUGCCCAGAUGCUGGAGGAGGCUCGGCGAAGAGAAGACAAUCUUAAUGACAGCUCCCAGCAGCUGCAGGACAGUCUCCGUAAGAAGGAUGACAGGAUUGAAGAGCUGGAAGAAGCACUAAGAGAAAGUGUACAGAUAACUGCAGAGCGAGAAAUGGUGCUGGCACAAGAGGAAUCAGCCAGGACCCAAGCUGAGAAACAGGUGGAGGAGUUACUGAUGGCCAUGGAGAAGGUAAAGCAGGAACUAGAGUCCAUGAAAGCAAAGCUGUCCUCUACUCAGCAGUCUCUGGCAGAAAAGGAAACUCAUUUGACCAAUCUUCGGGCAGAGAGAAGGAAACACUUAGAGGAAGUUCUGGAGAUGAAGCAAGAAGCUCUACUGGCUGCCAUUAGUGAAAAAGAUGCCAAUAUAGCUCUUUUGGAGCUUUCAUCCUCUAAGAAAAAGACCCAAGAGGAAGUGGCCGCACUUAAGCGGGAGAAGGAUCGCCUGGUGCAGCAGCUCAAGCAGCAGACACAAAAUCGAAUGAAGCUAAUGGCCGACAACUAUGAGGAUGACCACUUCAAAUCCUCCCAUUCCAGUCAGACCAAUCAUAAACCCUCCCCAGACCAGUAUCUUUGCCAGGUUGAUACCAAGUUACACUGGCCUCAAAAUGACAUCAUCCAGCCCCUCUUAGAACUCGACCAAAAUAGAAGCAAAUUAAAGUUGUAUAUUGGACACCUGACAGCCCUCUGCCAUGACCGCGACCCCCUGAUCCUUCGUGGACUCCCUGCACCGGCUUCCUAUAACUUGGACGAUGACCCGGCAGCUUGGGAGAGUGAGCUGCAGAAGAUGACCCAGGAACAGCUGCAGAAUGAGUUAGAAAAAGGGGAGCGGGACAAUGCGGAACUGCAGGAGUUUGCCAACGCCAUCCUGCAGCAGAUUGCAGACCACUGCCCCGACAUCCUGGAGCAAGUGGUCAACGCCCUGGAGGAGUCCUCCUGACCCUGCUCUGGGCAGUGCUGGCUGGCAGCCCGUGCAGUGACUCCAGGGGCCGCGGGGGACAACCGUGCCAAAUAGACGCCCAGAGGCUUCCUGGCACCAAACCAGCACAGCAGACUCUACCCUGCCUUGGUCAGUCCUUCAGGUGUGGUUCCAGCACCAUUUCUACACCUGUCCUCUCACUCUGCCUUUCUGCUGUGGGCGUUGUCACCACACUUCUUUGAUGUCCAGGGUAGUUAAGUGUCUGAGUCUCCAUGAAGGACUGACAUACAGUCAUCAGCAGCAGAGAACUGUGGGAGUGGGUGGCUCUGUCCUUGCAGAGGGGCAUGGAGGAGAGACUUCGUACCUUCUGUCCUUGACACCAGAACUAAAUCUGGAAUCUGCCUGGAGUUCAGCAUAUUGAGAGAGUGCUUCCCAGUGGACCAGAGAGCUGAGUGUUCCAAUAUCACAACAGGUGCUUUCUCCUAAAGGGGUUAAAAGAUCUCAAAAAGAGAGAACAGGGACAAAGAGAAACCCGAGUCUUCUUUUUACCACCUCCCUUGUCCACCCGUCACAUGUGUGGUGUUCUGUGCAGGGGCUGUGAGCGGGCCCCCCCACCUUCGGGGGCACCAGCCCCCAGGAUCCAGGUCUGCCCCAGCCCUGCCGCACUUGUCCUCGCCCCUCCCAGCCAGGUAACAAGGGCCAUAGCGAAUGGCUCUCCCCUGGUCCCUCUUGUGUAAGACCUUUGGCUUAAUUAUACAAAGUUUGUCAGAUCCUUUAUCUCUAGGAAACAGAAGAAAGGUUUGGCGUGUGCCCUGCCAGCACCCUCUGUGGCUCUGCUCCUGUGGAAGGAAGGUGACCAUUCCUGGGGUCAGUCCGGUUUCUCUGAACAUCUCCGUCACAGCAAUCUGGGCCCCUCAGCCCCCAUAGAAUGCAUCCGCCUUCCCACCACCUGUGUUCUACAUCCCACAGCCCAAGUUUAGGGCCUGCCCCCCUCACCCCAUUAGCUUUACUCCCAAUUGGUACUCCCCAGACCCCUUGUGCAUUGCCUGGAACUUCUUUCUGGCACAAAUGAAUGUUUCUCAUCCCACACACACUCCUUGCUCCAUUCUUUCAUUCAGAGAAUACUUAAGAAAUGCCUACUGCGUACAAACCACCAUUAGGUGCCCAUCCUUGAAGAGUCUCUUCGGUGAGGGAGAGGUGUAAAGGUAUCUGUGAACAGACCUGGUUGAGCCAAAGCAGUAAAGGCUUUCCCUUCCCGUCCCCCAUCUGGAUGGAAAAUAGCUUCCAGAGAACUCUUGUGCAAAUCAACAUUUCUCUUUAUGAUGGAAUUGGUGGGUUUGGGGGCAGGGGCAGAGUUACUUACUUGCCUGUAGGAUCCCUUUUGGCAAUUCAGGAUUUCUGUUUGUUCUUGUUACCCUAGAAAAGUGUGUUGUUGAGGGGGUUAUGAUGGCGGACAGUGUUUUCUUAGCACAGCAUGUACUUUGGGAAACUCAGCUCCAUGAUGCACAUCAGAAAAUUAAUCCCAAAUUUGCAAAUCAAGUUGAAGGUAUUGGCAUUUUGAAGGGCAUUCUUCCCAAGCGUGGACUAUGUCAUAAAUAAUUAGUCACCAAAAACUAGACUAGACCACUUCAUCCAAAUGUAGCCCUUUGACCAUCUCUGUGGCCAGACACCCACCAGACACUCACACCUUCUGAUAAGAGUUGCUGUGAGAAAUGUUUUUGUCUUGCAUUCUCUCCUUUCCCCUUCCCCAACUACUCACCCAAGAAUCUGGUGCCUGUAAAGUCAUCACAGCAUUCAGGCUACUAUCUUCCCACCAACAGCCCUUGGCUGUCCCAUUAACUUAUAUGGUCAGGUCUCCAGCUGCCCAAUUCCCUGCUGUAAAACAGUCUCUUCCUGUGAGAAGCUGUGGAGUGUUCUUAUCAAAGGUCUAAAUGGACUCUGCUCAUAAACUUCUUACUGAGACGCUUUCCGAUAGUCAGGCAGACAGAGGUCGGUGCGGGGGUUAGAUAGUAAGUGGUCAUAGUUUGUGACCGAUCACCUCCAUUCCAUUUAUUCAUUGCGCUGCCCAUGAAUCUUGUACAAAGCCCCCAGGAUUUUAGGGCCAGAUUCACUAGAAUCUCACUUUAUCUACCAUAAUGCAAACAAGUGAGGUAGAACAGCACUGUUCAGGGGACUAGAUCAGAACAGAGAAGGCAGGAGAGGCCAUGCCAGGGAAGUGGCCCCAGCCGACCAGCUGGUCGGCUAGAGAAGGCAUCCGGCAGGUCUCCCUGGGUCCCACUGACUCCACCUUUACUAUCAGACACAUACCUGUCACUCUUGCCUACAUGGUGCCUGACUUCACUGCACCUCCUUCCUCCCCCUUCUCUUUUCAACCCUUCCUGAGGCUUCCUCUGCAAACCUUAUGGAUGUCCCCUGGACAAGUACUUUGGCACAAACGAUGUGUGGGGCAGGCAUCCUCUGUCUUCUGUCUGUGAACCCCAGCAGGGAAUCUCCUUGAUUCUUCCUGGAUGGUCAUCCACCAUCGCAGAGGUUCUGGAGGCUGUUUGGUCCUAAAUGCAAGUAGGCUGUAGCUAAAGCUGAGUAGCGACCAUGCCCUGCCUUUAUAGUAUGGGGGCUAAGUCAGGACAGUGCUCACUGAGUUCAGUCCAUUCACUCAGCUGCCAUAUACUAAAUAACACAACUCCCAGCACAACAGGACUUCCUGCCGGGGGCCCUCCUCUGGUACUCAGCCUCACAGGUCACUUGACUGCUACCAAAGGUCUGUAGCCUUGAAAACUCACUGCAGCUUGCCUGUCAUGUUCACCAGACUCAUCCGGUUCACUGGCAAGGCUAGUUGCCCCUUAACACCUAAAGAUCUGCACCCCAAAUGAAGGUCAUCAUGAAGGGGACAAGAAGAGGAGUGGAUAGAAUCUAGCCCGGGGCUCACAACUGAAGAAAUGCAAAGCGACGUUCUCUUUGUGUCAUAUACCUCUGUCCCAGGUCCUUGUCAAAUUCUUGAUGAAGUUUCUGAAUUGAGAUUUGCAAGGAUUUGUAUAGCAUUUGCAACAGAAAAGAUCUUAAAUGGGCUCUAACAAAUUAAGAAACGGAAAUCCUUAAAUCCAUCUUGGCUCCGACUUUGACCUUGUACCUUAUAACCUACAGAAGAUCUAAGUGCUUCCCUCUCUUCUUUACACAUGGGCUUUAGAAUACGGCAAAGCAGACUACACCCGAGACUGCCUUCAGUGGUGAUAGUGGCAAUGUGACCUGGCACUUCUUGUCAGUAAAAGCCUGGUUUCCCACGGGGGCCCCACAGGCUCACCCACUCCUCAGAAACCGCGAAGAGGAUGGGAGAGUCGUCACCAAGUCUUAGCCAGCUACCGGGCCAGUCCCUCGCCUGUCUUGGUCAGGAUGAGUGCCUGGAUUUGCUGCUCAAGAGUGCUGCUGGCCCCAGAGCCCUCCUGCCCCCCUGGUGGCCCCAGACAUGAGCACAGGCCCACUGGCUACCCUUGGGGUCUUUGAGAAAACAGCAAAUCAGGGAACAUAUCACCACAUAGAAGGUGACCCUCACAUGGCACUUCUAAAUCACAGUGGGCGCUGUGUCAGCCCACAGGCCGGGCGGCGUGCUACACCUGGCAGGGCCUGCAGGGCUGGCCUCCCCACCACUGCCAGCCCCUGGGCUCCUCAGGAUGGGGCCUUGAAUACCCAAAGGAAUGUUUUAGAAAGACUCUGGAGUGAACUAAGGGAGUAUUUGGGCAAAAGAAAAUAUACAUUACAAGGAAAUCCUUCUGAACAAAAUGGCUGGAUGAUUCUUUUUAAGCAAAAACUGUUCCCAAACUUUUUAGUGUCAGAACUGUAACCAAGUGUCUCCUGACUUUUUCCAACGUGUUUGAUGAGUGCCAUGACCCUGCCACAGGCCUUCCUCCUCCUGACCCUGGGGGAGCCGUGGUUUCUGGGGCUGGUCAGCGGGGAGGGAGCGGUUCUCCCGCAUCCCAUCUGCCCUUUUGUAUCUCUGCUCGUCGAUAUUGUCUGUGUGGUUCAGAGCGUUGAGGCAGUUGCAUUGUGUCCAUUGUUGAGAUUAUUAAGAUAUUAAAAGUAGUUGUAGAACUGAAAAAUUAAAGAGCUGUGUUUUGAAAAACAAACCAAUAUGAUGUUAGUAAAGGAAUUCAAGCUCCGGGGCAGCCAUGCUCCUCCGCAGCCGGCCGGGUGAAGCUGGGCUGGCUGCUUGGAGAACAGCGCACCAGGCGGGCGCCUGCCCAGGGGGCGGACAGCCGUGGAGCAGAGGGAAUCGGAGCCGGGCUCGGAGAGUUCCCGCACACCCGCAGGACCCGGGGGAGGGCUCUAAGUAGGACCCCGUCGCCGCCCUCGCCCCCACGUCUGCCCCGGCCCCGUGUGCCUAGGACCGCGUGGUGACCUGGGCUUGGCCCUGAAGCCACCCUCAGCAGCCCUGCAAGGCCGAGAACCUCCUUCCUGCCCACUUGGUGCUAUAUUUCCAGGGCCCGUCCAGUUCAGGCCCGCGCCCGCAUCCUGGAGCCUGCCGUCCGGGGGAUGAACUGUACUCGGAUCUCCAUUCCUUCUAGAUUCUUCCCCUAUGAGCUUUUUAGACACCGGGUCCCUGGGGCCGGGCUGUGCUUCUUGGGCCCAGAGAUGCCGAGGGCAGGAGAGGAAGCGGACCAUGCUGACGGCAGCUCGUUCGCCUGCCUGCCUGCCCACGCCAGUCGGUAUUGCAGUCGCCCUGCCCUGCAGCCCGGCUGCACCCGUCUCCACGAGAACCAGGGCAUCCGGACUGAGACCUGGGGUCUCCCUGGGGCUCGUCCUCCGCGUCAGGAGGGCUCCCCUGCAGUGGCGGCCGAGGAGGCUGGGUGCUGACUCCGGUAGCUUGAGUUCCUCAUGGUGACGGUAGCAGCCACAACAGUGGUGUCUGGGGUGCAGGUGCACCCACUGCCUUCAGCUGUGUGUGUGUGACAGCCAGAGUCACCUUACUGACACAAAGAGGUCGUGUUAUAGACAACUCUGCCUUGAUAAUUAUUGUAAACACUUGUUCAUUUUUUUCUUUUUUAUUCACAAACUAAAUCCAUCAGGAAAUUAUAAAGUUAUUUAAAAAUUG